GCAAAAAAAGAAAAAAGAAAAAAGGAGAACCCUUCAUCACAUCGCAAAAUUCCUAAUUUCAACUCCAGUUUAGUGUUUACUUUCCUCCUCGAGCCCUAGAAAUACCAGUGCAAGCGAUCUCAUCGCCAGAAAUUUUCUUCGAAAUGGCCGAGAAGGAUUCUCCAUCCGGAUCCAGCAAAGAGAACCCGAACCCAGAUCAGGAUUCCGACGUAAGCCGAUUUCAAAACACCAUAGAAAACAUCGUCCAGAAGUUUCAAGGCUCGAGUUUACAAAACCACCAGGAGCACAAGUUUUGGGAGACUCAGCCCGUCGGCCAAUUCAAAGAUCUCGGCGACUCGAGUUUCCCCGAGGGCCCCAUCGAGCAGCCAACUCCAUUAUCCGAAGUCAAGCAGGAGCCCUACAAUCUCCCCACUCUGUACGAAUGGACCGUGUGCGAUAUGGACUCGGACGAGAUCUGCAACGAAGUCUACGUUCUGCUGACCAACAAUUACGUCGAGGAUGACGACAACUUGUUCCGAUUCAACUACUCGAAGGAGUUUCUCAGGUGGGGUCUCCGCCCCCCGGGGUAUUUCAAGAAUUGGCACAUAGGUGUUCGUGUUAAGUCCUCAAAGAAACUCGUAGCUUUCAUCACCGCUAUCCCUGUGAAAAUGAGGGUGCGAGACGAAGUAGUUCAAAUGGCAGAGGUCAACUUUCUCUGCGUGCACAAAAAACUACGAUCGAAAAGACUCGCCCCUGUAAUGAUUAAGGAAGUAACGAGAAGAAUCCAUUUGGAGAAUAUUUGGCAGGCGGCAUAUACAGCUGGCAUUCUUCUCCCCACCCCACUCACCACUUGCCAGUACUGGCACAGGACAUUAAACCCUAAAAAGCUAAUCGAUGUCGGUUUUUCUAGGCUCGGAGAUAGAAUGACUAUGAGCCGUGCGAUUAAACUCUAUAAAUUACCAAAUUCAACCGCGACUCCCGGAUUUCGAAAAAUGGAAAUCCGAGAUGUUCCGAAGGUUACUAUUCUGUUGAGGGGCUAUCUGAGCAGGUUUGUUGUGGCCCCCACUUUCGACGAUGCUGAGGUGGCGCACUGGCUUCUCCCUCAGGAGAAUGUGGUCGACAGUUUCGUGGUGGAGAAUUCGGAGACUCGUGAAGUGACGGAUUUCUUCAGCUUCUAUACGCUGCCUUCGUCUAUACUCAACAAUCCGAAUUACUCGACUUUGAAAGCGGCUUAUACUUUCUAUCACGUCUCGACCAAGACUCCACUGCUUCAGCUGACUCAGGAUGCUCUUGUUAUUGCAAAGCAAAAGGAAUUCGAUGUUUUUAAUGCGCUCGAUGUUAUGGAGAACGAGCCGUUUCUGAAGGAGCUCAAAUUUGGAAGGGGCGAUGGUCAGUUGUAUUAUUAUCUCUAUAACUAUCGGCUGAGAGAGUCUUUGAAGCCGUCGGAACUUGGACUCGUGAUGCUAUAACUUUGUGCGUGAUCUUUUUUUUCUUUUUUUUUUCUUUCUGUUUGGAAUUGAUGAUUGGACAAACAGCAGGGCUUUCUUUUUCUUGGUCUCUUUCAUGUUGGCUGUUGAACUAUUUUUUGGUUGAAUUUCGUUCAUAUUGACUUAUGUGAUGAAUCGUGGGUGCUUGAAUGCUGCGGUUGGUGGCUUAUUUGAGGUUUUUUUUUGUUUUUU